UGUCCCCUACUAUACAACCGCGCACCUUGAAACUUUCUAUUGUCUUGGUCGACUGAGCGACAAACCUAAACACUGGUCUGAAAGGGAGAUGUCCCUUUCCUCUUCGUCAUGUCGGGUCAUACUCCUUCCUUGAGGUCAAGAAGCUCUUCGGUCACUUCCAACAUAGCGAAUCAACAAGAUGAUGAAACUCCCGUCUCAUUCAAAUCACUUCAAUCCCGUUUCGAAGAACUCGCUACUAAAGUAGAGCAACAUAUACAUCACCCUCACUCAACAGGUCCUUCACGUCUGGGUGCCGGUUCACCUUUACCCAUCUCAAGACCUGUCACACCUCAGAUUAUCCAUCCUCCUCAUUCCACCCACCGUGAGCCUCCUCCUAUCCCUGUAAAGAGCAUCAUUCAUUCCGCAUCGAGCUCUACUUCUGAACUUGUACCCAAUGUUCAGCCCACCUCAAUCCGGGUCCGCGAUUUGGCAGACAAAUUUGGCGGGCCAGCUACAACACAUGUCUUCACUCCCCAAGCUCCACCUUCUACUACACCAAUAGCAGUAGGACCAUCGUCCGUCAUCCCAUCUGAGGACAUUACGAGGAAUGUGACGACAGGUAUUUCCUCAAAUGGUGGGUCUACGUCCGGGGCAAGAAUUCUACCUCGUAUCCCACCUACGCCGACG